UUUACUUUAAAGGCUGCUCUGACAGCAUCGCGUCUCUGUCCAAGCGUGUUAACCAAGUGGAUUUACAAAGAUACAAUUAAAAAUAGGUUAGAUUUUUUAUAGCAUUUUUAUGUUUAAAAAAAUCUUACAUAGCCUAUUAAAUUAUUUUGAUUCCAUAUCUGAAUAGAUAUAUUGCCAGUCAAUAUAUCUUUAUUAUGCGUGUUUACCAGGUACUCAACUAUUUGUGAAUUCCUCUGGGCAGCUCACGUGUUACAAAUGGGCGGAUUCGAUACAAACGACUGCAACAUUUGUUAGAAAUGUCCAAUUUAGCGUUUGGAUAGAAACCGGAUGUAACCCAAUGACCAAUGUCGCGAGCGGUAACGAACGGUUUGCCCAGUCAUUUGUGAUUUGACAACUGUUUCUCCCAACAUUGUGACAGGCUAGUUGUACUUUCUUUUCUUGAGACGUGCUUUGGAUUUCUCUUCUACAUCCAACGAUUUGGACCAGUAGCCUAAUUACCGGGCAGAAACCAAGACAUGGGGACUCAGGGCAACGGACGUAAAAGGAAUCCCAAUAAGGACAGGUCGACGGCCGAGGAUGAUACCCUUAAUCUCAUUGCAAGAGAGGCAGAGGGCAGGCUUGCUCUGAAGAAGGCGGCCAGGGCAGAGGCCAGAGAGAUCCGUAUGAAGGAGCUGGAGAGGCAACAGGAGGAGAUCUCAGACGAUGAUGAGCCGACGUUGGUGGGCAGCCGAGGCAGUGCGAGGGUGGAGGACAGAGAUUUCCUGGAAAAGGGAUCUCAAUCCGCUUCCACCCUCGCUUCACUCAGCGGGUCUUCCUCCAGGAGAGGAAGUGGCGAAUCGUCGAUCACUGGCGACACAGACACCUCCAUACUAGAGAUCAAGGAGAUUCAUGAGCUGAAGGAUCAGCUCCAAGAUGUGGAGUCAAAGUACAUGCAGAGCCUCAAAGAAGUCGAGGAUUCCCUUGUGGAGUUGGAGGAGAAGUACCGCAAGGCCAUGGUGUCCAACGCCCAGCUGGACAAUGAGAAGAACAACCUGAUGUACCAGGUAGACAGGCUGAAGGACUCGCUCAUGGAGCUGGAAGAGCUGCUGUCCGAGUCACGCCGCGAGUACGAUGGAAAGACCAAGGACAUUGAGCGUGAGCAACAUGCCUACGGCGUGCUCCAGUGCCAGUUCAACGUGAUGAAAGAAACGCUAAAACAGAGCGAGGAGUUACUAACGGAGGUCUGUCAGUUGCGUCUCAAGCAGGACAGCUUUGUUAGGGAAAUAUCUGACCUGCAGGAAACAGUAGAGUGGAAGGAUAAAAAGAUUGGGGCCUUAGAGCAACAAAAGGAGUAUUCGGACGCCGUCAAAAAUGAGCGAGAUGAGCUCAGGGAUGAGCUGGUCCAGCUGAAAGAUAUUCUGAAGAAACAUGGAAUUGUCCUCGGACCUGACCUGACCACCAAUGGGGAAAAGGUGGCAGUGGUAACUGAAAGGUCAGCUAGUAGAGAUCCAGCUUCUCAAUUGGCUCAGGACGGCCAGACAUCACCCACGGAAGGGGGGAACAUCAUGCUCGGCAGAGCUCAGGAUAUGGAAUUGGGGAGUAGAGGAGAUAAGAUGGUGGAUCCAGGAAGGUCCAGGCAGCAAGUGGAAACACAUGAGGCGGUUCAAGAGAACCAUCUGACCUCGCCCACUCCCUGUAGCCUCGCUGGUGUUUCUGAAACCGAAACUUCUUUGGAGGCUCGGCCAUGCUCGCCCAAAUUGGGGGAUGAGGUUGAGAUUGAAUGCAGUAAUGUCAACAAAGUCUCUGACAAUGUCAUACCGGUAGUAGAGGUCAAGCAUGGACCGGUUUGCGAUUCUAAGGUAAUUGUGGUUGUAACAGUUCCUGAGGAAGAGCUUACAGAAGAGGGAUACAAACCACCAGGCAUAGAGGGGACAGUGCAAGGGAGAGUAGAGGCCACAAACAAAUGGGAAAUGGGAAUAAAAAAUGACAAGGCAGAUGAUAUGGAGACCGAAGUCGCCAAGAGUAGUGAUCACACAAAAGAGCCUACCUCAGAAUAUGGUGCAUUAGCUGAACAAGAUAAUAUAGCAUUGAGUAAAGAGGUUGUGAAAAGUAUAGACUCAUGUCCUCAGCCUAGGGAAACCAUUGAGGACACCAUACAGAAUGGCACACAGAUUAGCCCAGGGACUGACCAUGAUACUAGUAAGAGCACAAUAAAAUCAGAAUGUAAGCCUCAACCUAAGCUUCAGAAAACAAAGGCAGAAGCGUUAUCAAAGUCAACUGACCCUCAGCCACAGGCCCAAGGAGGCAAGAAGAAGAAGAAGAAAGGCAAGAAGGGAGAGAGACAAGGUGAUGAAAAGCAGGAAGACUAUAAGAAGAGCACAACAGAAAAGGGUGUAGUCUCCAUGAAGAAUUGCACACCGAUUCCCCAAGGGACAAACCUUGAUACUACUAAGAGCCCAGUCGAAUCAAAGCCUGAGCUUCAGAAAACAAAAAAGGCUGAAGUGUUGCCAGAGACCACUGACAUGCAGCCACUGGCCCAAGGAGGCAAAAAGAAGAAGAAAGGCAAGAAGAAGGGAGAGACACAAGGUGAUGAAAAGCAGGGAGACGAUAAGAAGAAGAGCAAAACAGAAAAGGAUGUGGACUCAAUCUCAACAGAUAAGGAGCCAGUAGUGGAGGAAGUUAUCACAAUGGACACACAGCAGCUUCUAGAGGAGGGGACCGGUAGUUCACCAAAUCGAGAACUCCAAAGCCCUAAAGAAAAAGCACAAACCAUAGCUGAGGGAGGGAACCUGAAGGAAGAACAACAACUAGCAGAGGGCCGAGUAGAGGUUAAGAGUGAGGAGCCUCCCAUUGAAACCCCAGAAGUAUCUCUGACUGACCAAGCCAAGAGUGAGGAAGCUGUCAAAAAGAAAAAGGACAAACAAGAACCUUCCAUGGAAUCAGAGAAAUCAGAAGGCGAGAUAUCAGUAUUAUGCCAUGAGUGCGACAUUGGUAUUGUGGAUCCUGUUGACCAGCAUUGUAUAACCAGUGCUGAUAACCCUAAAGAGAAAUUAGAAUCCACAACAAAUACUGGUACCCAAAAAGACGAGUCAGGGUACACAACCAACCCUGAUAACGUUGUAGACUGCCUGAACUCUUCAGCUGACCCGAAAUGUCCAUUGAACUUGAAAGAGUCCACUGCUGGGAAUUCAAACAAUGUCAAAGAAGAAGAUGCAAUCAAGGUCUCAGUUGAUGAGGCUCAAACAAUCCAAGACACAAAGGAACAGGGAAUUAACUUUCACAGUCGCAUAGUUAUAAGACCGGCGCUCGAGAAGAGCAUGGUACCUGAAGACCUUAUCGCCAAUGAUAGUGUCAUUACUCACCCAGAGCAUGUUACCGAAAAUGCCAUAAAAUACCUGAAAGUGGCAGGUCAGGAUGAACAAAAUGGGAGCCCAGAUGAGUGUAAAAAUACACUUGAACAUAAAGACAUUUCGAUAGCAUUGCCAGCAAAUGUAGAUAAAUGCAAAAAUGUAUCAGGAGAGAACUGUGGCACAUCGCUCGACAGCAACUGCCCUGCUGCUGAGACCAUAAGACAGCCUGAACAAUUGAUGGAUCUACCUGGUUGUCCAGUAGCUGACAAGCACUUAGAUGAAAACAACGAGCCAGUAACACUUGAUGAAGAAAAGGUAUCAAAUGGCGGGAUCUCCACAGAGACCGAGCUGAAUGAUACAGAAACACGACUACAGGACCCUGUAAAAGAAACUCCGGAGACAAUUGACUCUUUUAGGGAACAGGUCUACAAAGAAAGCAAACCAUGCACUAUGGUGGCCGAAGCAGAAGAGCAAGACGAUCCCAUUGAGGCCACGCUGGAGGGUAACAAGGUACCUGAACCCAGUGAGCAGGGGAAUGAUGAGGGGGACGAUGAUAUCGAUGAGGGUCAAUUGUUUGACUUUAACGACCUAGAUUCGGUGGUUUCUGCAAAUGUGUUUCCAGUAACAUCCAAAGAGGUCAGCCAGGAGGUGAGAAUGAUGGAAGGCAACAAAAUGGAGGUAGAGCCAGGUAGAGAGGAGGCAAUCAAGGAAGAGGAAGACUGGGACAAGUCAACAGGAAAACCGCAGGGCACAGUAGAGGGAGUUGGCACAAUAGUGGCAAAGCAGCCACUUGAACGGGGGUCAGAUAGUGCACCAGAAUAGCUCUGAAGAAAAAGCACAAACCAGAGUUGCAGGCCAGAAUGCCAAUGAAGAACAACAACUAAUCACUUAUUUGGGUAAUAUACGAACAGAAAGACAUUGCAGAGGGAGUGCGUGUGACUGAACAACAAUGUGUAGGUGAGAGUGAGAGGCUGCAGAAUGCAACAGAGGUGGGGGCUUUGCCAGUAGAGGAGAGGGAAGAGGAAAAUCCCGUAUGGGUCAAAGCAGGGUAGAAGAGAGCGUAGUCAAAGUACAUAUUGAGCAGGGGGUGACGGAGCAAUCUAGGUCAGGCUCGGAAAAGGGCAGUAAGAAAGGAAAAGGCAAGGGGAAAGAGGAGGACUGACGAAUGACCUAGUUUUUAGGUCUGCCCUCAAUAGAAACUGCAAAUAUUUAUGAUAGGAAUUGCAGAGUUUAAACUGCUGGAGCCGAAGCACCUUCAAUUCAAAUGAAUUCCAAAGCAAUCAGAGAGAUGUGUGUGGGUAUUUUAGCUCAUUUCGAUUAACCCUUUACACUCCUAACCGUAUACAGGUUGAAAAUGGCAGAAUUGGGCACUAAUAAGCACCUAAAUUGGGCUGCACAGUAACAUGCUAUACAUGACAUCAGAGCUCUGGCUCUGCGCUUCACAACGCUGUAUGGGGUUUGACAAACAGCCGUUCUGAACUUGAGCACAGUGCGCGACAAGAAGUUUCCCCCAUUCCUCCUAGUAAUUGGGCAACUUUUGUACAUUUUUUGUACAUUUUUUGGUUGUCUGAGUGAGGGAAAAGCUCUAAAUUAAGAUGACUAUGUAUUUUGAAAGAUGAGACGUUGAGGUUUAUAAUAACGCUUUGGUAUCAUACAAGCAAGCCAAACACCCGAGUCCAAAAUUUGAACUUCAAAUUUCCAAAUCAUAAAACUCAUGUCAUAUACAGUGUCGAUGUUUAUGAUCACUAUGUUUGAUGUACAGUGGCAAGAUGACAUGGCGUUAUACCCUGGGUUGUUCUGAACAGAAUGAGCUUAUGUUUAUUGUGAAGCAAAUUUGCCAGGGCACAAGCACCUUAAUUCAGUCAUGACUCCUUUUCUACGUGCGCCAAAGUUUCUCUGAAUUGCCUUGUGAAAGCCUAACACCGUAAGAUUGUAUUUUAUAACUUAGCUUGUGUGAUGGCGGGGAUGAAGUGUUGUGUUCCAAAUGAAACGACUACACGUGUCCUUGCUCUAGCUCCUGAACGGCACAGCUAGGAGAGGUCUAAAAAGUACCUUGUAGUUGAAUACUCGUCUUUGUGUCAUAGAAGCGCAUUGGAAAUUGCUUAGGAACUGUGCACACUUUGGAGAGGUGUAUGGCCACUUCAAAUCAAAUUUUAUUUGUCAAAUACACGUGGU